AUGUCCACCUCUAGAACCUCAAAUGCUUCCCUCAAAGGAUAUGAACCAAAUCAAACCCAAAUGAAUUUAUCUCUUCUUCAACUCAAUACAUCUCCUUCUGGUGAGAGAAAAGGCCAAAGAAAACAAGCAGAGCCAGGAAGGUUUCUUGGGGUAAGGAGGCGCCCUUGGGGUCGAUAUGCUGCUGAAAUUAGAGACCCUACAACUAAAGAAAGACAUUGGCUUGGAACAUUUGACACUGCUCAAGAAGCUGCUCUUGCUUAUGACAAAGCUGCUUUGUCCAUGAAAGGCAACCAAGCAAGAACCAACUUCAUAUACUCUGAUGAUACCAAUUUUCAUAACGUUCUUACUCCUAAAGAUGUUCAAGCUCUCUUACCAGCUUCACAGUUCCUCACUAACACUCAGAAACCACAACCAACCAAUCAAAAUAGCCUCUCUCAGCUUGGUUCUUCCCACAUUGAAAACCCCUCUCACUUGAACAAUGACAUGUGUUCUGAAACUGCACAUGGGUCACCUCAGGAUGAUAAUUUCUUCUUCUCCAAUGAUUCUAACUCAGGCUAUCUGGAAUGCAUAGUUCCUGAUAAUUGUUUCAGACCUGUUUCCACUACCAACAGUUCAAGCAGCAGGAAGAGCAAUGCAAGUGCUUCAAGCUAUCACCAAAAGGUUAGCUCCAUUAACACAAGCACCAUGGAGGGUCAAUCACAUUUUGACAACACUGCAUUCUCUCAAGAAGCCUUAAACAUGCAAACAAUGGCCUUUAACUUUGCAGAUUUUUCUUACCCAAGUGAACUUAGUCAAGGAUUAUGGGGUAAUCAACAAUCAUGGGAUUGCAAUUCCAGUGAACUGUCAGCUAUGUUUAACAAUCCAUUAAGGAUUGAAGAUGGGUGCAUGGAUGCAUCAUGUCCCAUCAAUGACAGUCCAAGCUAUGGGCUAAUGACUCAGGCUGUUUCUUCAACUACAUGUUCUCCAUCACUUCCUCCUUUUGAGGAUGCAUGUUGA